GACGAACGAGCCCUCGCUCGGAGAAGGGCCUCGUUCAUCGUGAACCCCCGCACACCCCGCAUCUGCCGCGUACACUUGAUCGUCGCGUUUUCCCGCUAAUAAAUCGCAUUUCUCUUCGUCCUCUCUCCGCGGUCAACUCGUCGGCGAUCGUCCUCCGGAUACUCGUUGGAUCUCCCGCACGCGUCCACGCGGGAAAGAGAGGCGUCAAAUGUCGAGGUGAUCGCGCGCAUGGUGGAGUGUCAUGGUUCCGGUGAAUGGAAACAUCCGCCGAUUACGGGUAGCCUCGACUUGCGGACGGACCUUGCGUUUUCCUGCAACAUCUACGUACGCGGGUCUCCCCGACGGUUCUCCGAUGGCAGACCGAGAGGGUUGAACGGUUACAGGUGCAAACAUGCCCGGGCGGUCGCCGGCAAGGGCAUACGAGCGGCCCAUUGCGAGCGGCGGCCGCAAGCUCGCCGCUACUUGAAUGUCACCGCGGGAGGGCGCGGGAUGGGCGAGUCCUGGCUCUCGGUCCUGCUCGCUGCCACGAUGACAAUGAUGACGAUGAUGGCGGUAACGAGAGCCGAUUCAUCCUCGACGCCGUCUUUGUCGACAUCCACCCACAACGACGACGUCGUCGACUCCAAACGGACCGCCAUCGAGGAAGCGCUGGACGUAAUAGAGGCGGCAUCAACUGGCUCUCUGGGCGAGGUUUGCGUCAACUCGGCAGGGUUCAAGUCUCUCCCAGCUGGUGUCACGUUAGACCCGAGGCGUUACGACACGGCGCGUCAAAAGGUCGACAUGACGGCUAUGGUGCUGCAGAAUAUCGGGGCUGCUGAGGCGACGCGACGUAACGCUCUUUUAGAUGCUUUGACGAAAUCACUGCUCGUGUCGGUGGACGACGCCGUGGAGGCGAGGGUGAUCGCGUUAAACGCAUCUACUGGCACGGUGAUCACCGCGGUGUGGCUGAAACGCAGCCCCGGGAGCGUGGGUGAGCCCUCCAAGGUCGAGAGUCAUGCGCUACAACCAGGGUCGCAGCCGGAUUCCAACUUACCCUGGUUUGAGAACGCAGGUGGCAGCAGUGGUUUAAGGUCACCGAAAUUCAUGCAGUCACCGCCGAUUGAAUCCUACAGGGGUUGGUGGACCAUCCCGUACUUCUCCUGCAAGACUCACAGCUGGCUCAUUUCGUACAGCGUCAACGUGAAGUCGCCGGACGUUCACCCCGGGGUGCGAGAAUUCAUCAGCAUGGAUAUCGAUAUCAACGGGCUGGAGGUGAACCAGUGCGAUACGCCGAUGCAAAACCGCAAUGACAAGCUUGAAGCUCUCUCGAGUAAUCAGAUAGCUUUCUUCAAGGGCACGCACAAAUGCCACACCGAUACCACGCAAUGCGUGUACCAAGGACCUGCUAGCAGAAUGAACGGUGUGGGCGCCGGUUGGGCGAAGGGCGCUUACGUGUGCAAGUGUCGGCAAGGCUUUUACAGUACCAGUCAACACCGGGUGGGUUUCGAUGGCAUUCUGGUGGAAGCCGCUUGGAAGGAAAUGAAGGAGAACAAGAGCGACUCGUACGAGAAGGUAUUUCGAUGUCUGCGCUGUGCUCCGGGUUGCGCAAAGUGCAAAGGUCCUGAACCCUGCUUGGCGACGUACAAUUGGCCCUUCAGAAUUUCGCUGCUGGCUGUUUCAAUUUUCUGCGCGUUCGGCACCAUCGUCUUGGUGGCAUACAUGUAUCAGCAUCGUAAACUAAAAAUAUUCAAGGUUGCCUCCCCGACAUUCCUGUCCAUCACGUUACUCGGCUGCGCCUUAAUGUACCUCGAGAUGGCCGCCAUAUUUCCGGUCCUCGACAUGUAUUCGUGUAUCGCCACGAAGUGGACGAGGCACAUGGGGUUUUGUGUCUCGUACACGUCGCUGCUGAUGAAAACCUGGCGGGUCUCGCUCACGUAUCGCGUGAAAAGCGCUCACAAGGUAAAGCUGACGGACAAGCAGUUGUUACAGUGGAUGGUACCCAUCCUGCUGGUGAUGCUGAUCUACCUCGGCACGUGGACCGUCAGCGCGCCGCCCUACGCGGAAGUGAUCACGGACAACCACGGUCUGAAGUUCUACCAGUGUUCCUACAACUGGUGGGAUCACAGCUUGGCUAUCGGUGAAAUCCUUUUUCUCGCCUGGGGCAUAAAGGUGUGUUACAACGUGCGAAACGCGGAGAGUCUGUUUAACGAGGCCCGUCUGAUAAGUUACGCCAUUUACAAUAUAGCCCUGGUGAACAUUACCAUGAUGAACAUUCACCUCCUCAUAUUUCCUCGCGCCGGGCCGGAUAUCAAGUAUCUGUUGGGCUUCCUGCGUACUCAACUCUCGACGUCCGUCACGGUCUUCCUCGUAUUCGGCCCUAAAGUGAUCAGGGUAUUACGAGGCCAAGGAGACCAAUGGGACAGUCGAGCGAGAGCGCGCGGCGUCACCGCGAGCUUCUCUUUAAACGGGAUUGGAUUGGUGCCAGAGGAAACGACAGACCUGUAUCAGGAAAACGAGGAGCUCAAGGAGGAGAUUCAGAAACUAGCUGCGCGGAUAGAAUUCAUGAAGAUAGUGCACAUGGAGAUGCACAAUAGGCACGUCAAGCCGAAGAUGGGCGGUUACUUCAGCACGCACGGCCAUGGUCACGGGCAUCCAUCCACCGGUCAGAGUCCCAUCGCCAAGAGCUCGACGGCUAGCUUUAUUCUUAAACAGACAGCCGUGGAGCGAGGUGCGAGCGCGGCCGCGGCCGCGGCAGUCGAGGAUUCGACCUUUCCGUCCGGUAGUCUGCACAGAGCGCGAAGGAUGGAAAUGUUGAAGGAGAGGAAAGCGGAGAGGGAGAGGGAGCGGGAAAAGGAGCGAAACAAGGAAAAGGAGCAGAAGGAGAGGUCGCAGCAGGAAAGGCCGCAGUCGAGCGGUGAAAAGGUCUGACUAGUGGUCAAUAGCGAGGAGGUAUGGUUGUGACGAAGACAGUGUUUCGACGAGAGCGAGAGGAUGAGAAAAAUUCUAGAAAUUCGAAGGAGAAGGAAGAGAAAGAGAAAAUUGGUAAAAUUCAGAUUGUAUCCUUUAAUGGACAGGAGACUGCCCGUAUUUGUAUGAAACGCAGCCGUAAUCGAAUCACAUCGCGAUCACUGUCUUCGCGCCGUUGCGAUAGCGAUAUCUUCGUAAUCUUCGUAAUUGUAUGAUAUAUCUUGAAAUUAAAAUCUCUCUAAUGAGUCUGACGCACGCGCGGAAAGCGAAAAGCGACGACGACGGCGGCGACAGCGAGUGUUUCACGUCCCGAUUUAUUUUGUAGUAGUGAUGGCGUUGCUCCUGAAAGUACGAUAUUUUAAUUAUAAAUUUAAACUUUAAUAACGCUUUUUUUUCUCAUUGUAAAAGUACUGCACUAGAAAACGACGGAUUUAGCCACUGAAACAACGGCUAAAUGUCAAACAAAUUCUAUUUACAGCAAGAUAGAUGCGCAAAUCGCCGAGAAAUCCAACAAAAUAAUCGAGACAACCGAGCUGUCACGAAAUGCACAAAGAAUGCGCAAUGAGUUCACGAGCUGUCGUCGUUCAAGCCUUCGUUUCGCCUUCCGCAAGCGUGAUAUCGCUUCGUUGCGAGCAUUUGAUAGAAUUAUAAGGAACGCGUUUUUAUGUUUCUCUUAUCGAAUUGAUUUAUGUCCGUGAUGGCGUACGUGCGCGCGCUUUUGCCAAACAACAGCACCACUGAGAUUCCAAGUAUAUUAAUAUUCGAUAUUAAGGGCGGAACGGCCCUUUUUAAAUGUUACAUAAGCGUCAUCAUGUUUCUCGGAUUUUCAACAACGUUUCAGGCGACCUUAUCACGCCAACUGUCAGAGACAUCGUCACCUCCCGAAAGAUAUAUUUAAAUACACAUCAGAUUUGAAUGUAGGUGUUAAUUUAAGGUGGUAUUAUAAUACCAGUAAAAUAGGCGCAUAAUUUUCCAACUCGGUCACUUGACAGGUUCGAUCAAACUAAUAAACGUCGUUGAAUGCACCAGAGGAUUGAUUUUUCGUUCCGUAUAUUAAGUCCAAUUGCAUUCGCGACGCGCGAUAUUCGAUUCGACCUUUUAUUUCUGCUAUUUUAUCUGUAUCUUCUGCUCGUUUGCGAAUGCAGAGUUGCAUUUUUUUAAAUUGCGAGUAACCGACCGAGAUAGCUGCUCAUAUAACAGUUUGUAUAAAUGUUACAUGUGACAAUAAAGUUACGCGACGGGCUGUAAUAAAAGGUAAAAAAUAGCGGCUUUACUGGCAACCGUAAAGCUACUCGCAUUCGGCCCGGCAAAAGAUAAAUCAAAAAAAGAGAGAAAGAUGAAGGCGAUAGAGAUAUAAAAUCGUGCGAUUAAGACGAUUAACGGUUAAUGAGGUCUUUACCUUGUUGGUUUACACUUUUUUAAACGCUUGCGUUUUCACGAUAGACGAUUGUUAUUGUAGACGAUUGCAUAUAGUCGCGUGUUGACAACGACCGACGAAAUAUCGCUGUUCGUGUCUACGAUAUUUAGCGUACGCAAUAUCUCUGUUGAAUAUGCGACUGAUAGAGCGGAGGUGAGUGUGCGUGCGCGUUACGAGACAAAGUUAAGAGAUAUAUUUACAUUCGGUGGCGAAAGAUAUGCCGAAUAUCCCGCAACUUUCUGCAAGACUCACGUAUAGCCAUACGAGUCGAUGCAUUUUUAUUUUUAUUUUCUCGCGAUAGCACAGAAUGUUUCUCUCUUAAAAAUCACCAGACGACUCUCCUGGUACACGCACAUUCGUCUCGUAUUACGAUAAUAUUUAAUCAGCGAUUAACAAUUAACUUUGGACACUGAGAUCGUCAUGUUACUCUUGACUCCAGUCAGGAGUGAGCGAGACAAUUUUCAAACAGCGAGAAUUCUUGCAACGUGAAUGUUUCAUUUAAUCCUUCGUUUCGCGGACUUCUUUUUUCUGUGGCUGAUAAGUUAUCAUUACUGCACAUGUUUGCUACAUUAUUACACUGUAGAAGCGAAACGUGAGGAAGGUUUCUACGGUCCUCCAAGUAAAACGUAUGGCAGAUCCGUCAGAUCACGUAUUUUCACAUGAAUCACAUCGAUCACGCGAAUACAAAAUCAAACAAUACUAAUUGCUCAUUUCGUCAAUGCGAUAUGGAUGAAUCGAUACGUAUGGAAGUGCAGUAUCGUGUAGCGCAAGUUUCGCCGAUCUGAACUAAAACAGAAUUAAUUAUAUAAUAAUUUGCGAACGAAACGAAGAAUUAAUAGGGGAAUUCUCUUUGUACUCUGUCGUGUUUAUUCAAUACUUUAAGAGAGAACACAAGAGUGUCGAUUCGUCAAGAGCGGAUUGUCAAUUGGUGGGCUGAGCGCGGUGAGUCAAUUUCGGGGGUAACGGCGGCGAGUCGAGUUUAUCGCGCGAGAAGGGACCUGACCCCUUAUGGUCCCAGACCAUGGAUCGGCGUGUCCCUUGGAGCGCGACUCGCGCAGAUAGCGCGUAUUAUCCGUUGUUCGUUUAAAGGAACUAGCGUAAUCGUAAACACGAAGACUUCCAUUCCCGUUUCCCGGAUUAAGUACAAACGGCAACGCGACAUGGAUCUCGUUGCGUCGCCUUAUAUAAGCGCGAUAGACACUCUGCGCUCGAUGUAAAUCGUCAAAAUGCACUGUUGUAGCUUGUGGCGCGCGCGAUAACUCGCGAUAAGAGACGAACGCUUUCAGUGUUGCGCAUCGCGUAUGUGUGAAAAUUGCUUUGUUCUAAGAGAACCAAAGAGAGAAA